AUGAUACUUAUAAAAAAAUCCAUUACGAAAACCAUUUUUGUGACUCUUAAAGUUGAUAUCUAUAGUUAUAUAGUGACUACCUUCGGUAAAAGACAAUAUUCCGUCCCAGAAAUUGUUAGUUUUCCACAGAUCCCACAAGGAAAUUUUGCUAUAUUUGUAUCAUAUAAUUUCUA